AGUAGAUGGUUCCCAUUUAUAAAGAGAGGAUUUUGCAAAAGUUGUAACACAAACACAAGAUUUCCAUUUGCAUUCUCUUGCCAUUGCCAUUGCCAUGGCUGUGGAUGAAGAAGCACCCUCCACGAGCCAGCCCCGGCGGAGGGUCCCCCUGCUCCGGCGGCGGAAGGUGCAGACGGUGCGGCUAGGCGGCAAGAAGCCACGGCGGCUACUAAGGUUGUUUCAGCGGAUGCGUUUAAGGUGGCUAAAGUUACAAUAUGCCCGCAUGUUGAAGAGGGUUAAGGAGCAGUAUCGAAACGUUGUUAAGGAACUUGUGGAGGCUGGACCCACCAUUGAAGCGUUUCACCAACGUAUUUUCAUGGAAAGCACUUUUGCAAUCCCUCUUGGGGUUAACCUAUCCACCUACCCUUCUCGCUUUGGAUCUGAUCAUCGCCCUCGACCUCUCUUCAUGUAAUUACAUUUCUUUUUAUUCUUCUUCUUUUGCCUUUUCUUUACAUUCCCUCCACCCAAAACCGCUGCAAUUCUCGAUUAACUCCUGCUAAAUUAUGCCAUAACAUCCAUAUCUCUAUUUUAUUUUAUGUAUUUAUAUUUUUAUGGAAACAUAAACUAUAAGGAAACCCAACUUCGUAAUUAA